AGAGCUAAGUGCAGCCUCGAACUCCUGGGCCUCAGGCGAUCCUACUGCCUCAGCCUGCGGAGUCAAUGGAACUACAGGUGGGCUCCACCACAUCCGACUGAUUAUUUCUAAAUGAUUUACUUCAUCCACUCUUCCCACACGAGUAGGGCACACAGUAGGCUUUCCAUAAAUACCUGUCAAAAGCCUACACGAAGGAAUUAAUUCCUGUUAAGAAUGACCUUCCACCAUGCCUACCUCGCUAAAAACUACAUUUCCCUGUAAGCUUGGCGCGAUGCGCUCCCACAAGAACGAGCGACAAUUACUUCCCACGGCCCCGUCCCGCCCCCUACCGCCGGUGCCACAGUGAUUGAUGGGAAGGUAGUUCUUACGCGCGUAGGCCGGCCUCUAGCGACCUGAACCCAAACUAAAUUUCCCAGCAAGCAGCGCGCCGGCCUGGGAAAAAGGGCAAGAUGGCGGAUUCCGAAGAGGUUGUUUUGCCACUGACUGCUGCUUCCACUGCACCAAUUUCAUUCGGCUUCACUCGCACGUCUGCCCGAAGGCGGCUGGCCGACUCGGGAGACGGCGCAGGGCCAUCCCCGGAGGAAAAGGAUUUCUUGAAAUCCGUGGAAGGAAGGGAGCUGCAGAGUGUGAAGCCCCAGGAAGCCCCCAAGGAACUCAUCAUCCCUUUGAUCCAGAAUGGCUAUCGCAGGCAGCCACCAGCCCAGUCCCCUGGGCCAUCCACCGAUUCUGGGGCCAUGGUGGAUGGGGUGCUGUCCCAGGCUGUGAAGGAGCUCAUUGAGGAAUCCAAGAAGUCUCUGGAGGAGAGAGAGAAUGCACGUGUCGACCCCACGCUUGCUAUCCCCAUGAUCCACAAAGGAUGCACCCCCAGUGGGGAAGGGGCAGACAGCGAACCCCAGGCUGAGACAGUGCCAGAGGAGGCCAAUUAUGAGGUGGUCCCCGUGGAGGCCUAUGGGCUGGCCAUGCUGCGGGGCAUGGGCUGGAAACCUGGCGAGGGCAUCGGUCGCACCUUCAAUCAAGUAGUGAAGCCCCGUGUCAACUCACUGAGGCCCAAGGGAUUAGGGCUGGGUGCCAACCUGACCGAGGCCCAGGCCUUGACCACUACUGGCCCCUCCCGCAUGCCAAGGCCAGAUGAGCAAGGAAAGGAUAAGGAAGAUCAGCCUCAAGGGCUGGUGCCUGGAGGAGCUGUAAUGGUUCUUUCUGGCCCUCACCGAGGCCUCUAUGGGAAGGUGGAAGGCCUCGAUCCUGACAAUGUUCGGGCCAUGGUUCGUCUGGCUGUGGGGAGCCGGAUGGUGACUGUUAGUGAGUACUGCCUACGGCCCGUCUCCCAGCAGGAAUUUGACAAGAACGCCUUGGAUCUCAGGCAACAGAACGGAACUGCCUCAUUACGGAAGACCCUCCGCAAUCAAGAACUCCACAUCCAGCAGGACAACUCAGAGAGGAAGCGGAAACACCUUCCAGACCGACAGAAUGGGCCUGCAGCCAAGAUUGAGAAAGCAGCCCCCAGGAGUCAGCACUGGUUGCACAGGGACCUGCGUGUGCGGUUUGUGGACAAGAUGUACAAAGGCGGCCAGUAUUAUAACACCAAGAUGAUAAUUGAAGAUGUCCUAAGCCCAGAUACCUGUGUAUGUGUGAGCCACCACACCUGGCCAGGAAGGACCCUUCUGACAGGACCCUGGCUGGGCUGGUCCUUGCUGUGGGCCUCACUCCCCUCUCCCUUACCUGUAGGCCUGAGGGAAAACAUGCUGGAGACACUGGUUCCCAAGGCAGAGGGUGACCGUGUGAUGGUGGUUCUGGGCCCACAGGCUGGAAGGGUGGGACAUUUGCUAAGCCGGGACAGAGCACGGAGCCGGGCUUUGGUGCAACUGCCAAGAGAGAAUCAGGUGGUGGAGCUUCACUACGAUGCCGUCUGCCAGUACACGGGCCCUAGUGACACAGAUGAAGACUGACCCAUGGGACUCCUCCCAUCCCCUAGGCUGUUACCAGCUCUGUACAGUAUGAGGAAGUUGCCUUCAAGAAGGUGGGAAGAUCAUUGUUCCAUCCUCUACUUCUGGUGCAGUCCUGGGACCAGGACAAGGGACAUGGAUGGAUGAACCAAUAGGGAAGCUAGAAACAAAGCCAAUAUUUACCAGAAUUUAGGGUAUAAUAAAAACCAUUUCAGAUACUUAAUA